AUGACUUCCACAAUUUCAUCCCUCUUUGGCUACAAGCCCAACGUCCUCGGGACUCCUAAGGCUCCCGAGGGUCCACCGAAAGCCCUUCCUGCAUCGUGGUACCGAUCACCAGAAAUGUACGAGCUAGAGCGACGCGCCAUCUUUUCAAAGAAAUGGAUCUUGAUCACCCACAAGCUGCGGUUCGAGAAGCCGGGAGAUUACCAUCGCUUUGAGGAGGCAGGUUUCCCGUUUUUUCUAUGUCUGGAUCGAGAAGGUAAACUGAAUGGCUUCCACAAUAUCUGUCGCCAUCGCGCAUUCCCCCUGGUGUCACAGGAUGAUGGAAAUGCAAAGAUCCUUUCGUGCAAAUACCACGGUUGGUCUUACGGACUCAAUGGAAAUUUAGCGAAGGCGCCGAAGUUCGACGAUGUACCGGGCUUCAACAAGAGCGAACAAAGUCUGUUCCCCGUGCAUAUCCACAUUGAUGCACUGGGAUUUAUCUGGGUCAACCUCGACUCGUCCCCAACCCCAAUUCCAUGGGAAGAAGACUUCAAAGGCGUGGACACACAAGAAAGGUUCCAGAAAUUUGACUUCAGCCAGUACUCAUUCGACCACACAUGGCACAUGACCGGCAACUACAACUGGAAGACACUGGCGGAUAACUACAAUGAAUGCUACCAUUGCACCGUCGCGCAUCCAGAUGUGGCAAAUCUGGCCGAUCUAUCAUACUACUACACCAUCUCAAAGCCCGGCCACAUUCAACACUUCUCCCGGCCGAAGGCGGACAAGGUGGAGGAUGACAUUGAGAACGCCAGCACGUAUUACUUCCCGAAUGCGUGUAUGACCGUCUCACCUCACUUCUUCUACAUGAUGCGAUGUGUCCCAACCUCUGUAGGGACUUGCUCGAUGGAGUACGAGGUAUACCGUCACAAGGAUGCCUCAGAUGCGGACUUUGAGUAUAUUGAUUCGUUUUUCAAACGGGUGCUAGAUGAAGAUAAGCAUCUCUGUAACGCUGCGCAAAAGUAUCUGAAUUCUGGUGUCUUCGUCAAUGGUCAGCUCCAUCCGGAUCUCGAGAGUGCGCCGUUAUUCUUCCAGAAGACUGUUCGACGUCUAGUCAUGACCCAUCGGGAUGAAGAGAAACGUGAAAAAGCAGAGAUUUGGCCGGCGCGACAAAGCUCUGCAGGGUCGGCGACGGCGGAAGAUAUUGAAUUCUGCUCGGGGCUUUCUUGUGGAGAGGGGGCUAGUAAUCUGGAGUGGUAG